CUAUUCCUCUGCUGAGGAAAUCAACUCCUAGAUUGAUUUCAUCUCUGAGGUGUUGUACAAUGAAAAUGGACAUGCAGACAACUUGUUGACAGAACUCCCAUUUUUCCUUUGGAUUCACACCCAGAAGGACAUCCAUUGGCUCCCAGAUAAUUGAUGGAGAAUUGAACCAAAGUGAGAGAGUUCAUCCUCCUGGGACUAACCAAUGAUCCAGGCCUGCAGGUCACCCUCCUUAUCAUGUUCACCCUCAUUUACCUCAUUGAUGUAGUUGGAAACCUGGGAAUGAUCAUGCUGGUUCUUAUGGACUCUCGUCUCCACACACCCAUGUACUUUUUCCUCUGUAAUCUGUCUCUUGUAGACUUGGGUUAUUCUUCAGCUGUCACUCCCACAGUCAUUUCUGAGUUUUUCAUAGUCUCCAAGGUCAUUUCCUAUAAUGCCUGUGCUGCGCAGAUGUUCUUUUUCAUAGGCUUUGCCACUGGGGAAAAUUACCUCUUAGCAUCAAUGGCCUAUGACCGCUUUGUAGCAGUGUGCAACCCCCUGCAUUAUUCCACCAGGAUGACAACAAGUGUUUGUAUUCACCUGAACAUUGGCUGUUAUAUCUGUGGUUUCUUGAAUGCCAUUUUUCAUGUUGGGGACAUAUUCAGCCUAUCUUUUGGUAAAUCCAAUGUGGUACAUCACUUUUUCUGUGAUGUUCCAGCAGUCAUGGCUCUAUCUUGCUCCAAUAUACACCUUAGUGAAGUGAUUCUUGUUUUUUUGUCCACCUUCAAUGUCUUCUUUGCUCUUCUGAUUAUCUUAGUUUCCUAUCUUUUCAUAUUUAUUACCAUCUUGAAGAUGAAGUCAGAUAGGGGACACCAAAAGGCUUUGUCCACCUGUGCCUCCCACCUCACCACAGUCUCCAUAUUUUAUGGCACUGUCAUUUUCAUGUACUUACAACCCAGCUCCAGUCAUUCCAUGGAUGCAGAUAAAAUAGCGUCUAUGUUCUACACUAUGAUCAUCCCCACACUGAACCCUUUGGUCUACAGCCUGAGGAACAAGGAAGUCAGCAAUGCAUUUGAGAAAGUAGUUAAGAAGGCAAAAUUUUUAUGUAAGAGUGAAAUUUCAGAUUGAAAAUAAAUUUUAUUAGUCACCCAUAUUCCUUAUGCAUUAGUUAAGUUUAAGCUCCACAAUGCACAGAGGAUUCCUGCCUAAUACACACAUCUCUUCAGAAGUCUAUUUUGUAUUAAAAAUACAUUUGCAAAUAUAAUAUCUGAGUGAGAAAAACCAAGGAAAACUCUAAGGAAUGUGUGUGUGUGUGUGUGUGUGUGUGUGUGUGUGUGUGUGUGUGUGUGUUGUGAGCACAUAAAGGCCUAAAUAGGAAAUUUGGAGUAUAGCUAUAUAUAGCUGAAGUUUUCUCCAGUCCUGCCUGACCCACGGUCAGGACAAAUCUCUCCCACCCACCAGUCCUGCAGCCUCUCAGACCCAACUGAGUAAACACACAGAGACUUAUAUUGCUUACAAACUGUAUGGCUCUGGCAGGCUUCUUCUUAUCUAGUUCUUCUAUCUUAAAUUAACCCAUUUCUGUUAAUCUAUUUCUCGCCAUGUGUUCCAUGACUUUACCUGCUGCCUUUACAUGCUGCUCCCUGGACAGCAGGCUAGUGUCUCCUCCUCUCAGCCUUCCUGUUCUCCCAAUGCUCCUCCCGCCUAUACUUCCUGCCUGGCUACUGGUCAAUCAGUGUUUUAUUUAUCAAUCAAUCAUCCACAGCAGCUAGAUUUCAAUAGAAAUCACUUAAAUAAUUGAAUUGACUUAUAACAAAAUUUCCCCUUUUUUUCUUUUUGUACUUGUUUCUUCCUUGUC